GGAAGGCCCUCUGGCCUGGGCCUCUGGGGGCACCCGCGGGCCUCGAGUUCUCAGGAACGUGAGACGUCAGCUUCAGCCAAGCUUACGUCAGAGCGCGCAAGUCCUCUCCCGCGGACUCGACGGCGGUAGCCCGGAAGCCGAAGGGUUAACUCGGCUGCCACCGAGAGACGCGUCCUAGAGGGCCCAGGAAGUGGCGCGAUCGGAUUCUGGAGCCCGGGCCCCGGUCGGCCGCGGGGAGACGCCGCGGGGCCCCGCGCGGGCGCGGAGAACGGCCGCGGCCGCGGGAAGCCGAGCCGCCCGCAGCCGUGCAGGCCGGGAGCGACUCUCGCACCUGAGGAGCCGCCCCGGGAGGCGCGGUCCCUGCCCGCGCCAGGUCCGGGAUGGCCGGAGAGUCGAAUGAGAGCGCGACCCUGGACACAGACGGUGCAGAGGAGCGGCCGGGGCACCUGACGGGCGUCCUGACCGUAAAGGUGGAGGAGGAGGACGUCCCCGCGGCCCUGGCGGAGGCUGGCGCGCCCGGCCCCCCGGCCCCCGGCCCGGAGCGCUCGCGCCGGCGCUUCCGGGGCUUCCGCUACCCAGAGGCCGAGGGGCCCCGCGAGGCGCUGCGCCGGCUCCGCGAGCUGUGCCGCCAGUGGCUGCGGCCCGAGACGCACAGCAAGGAGCAGAUCCUGGAGCUGCUGGUGCUGGAGCAGUUCCUGACCAUCCUGCCCGCCGGGCUCCAGGCCUGGGUGCGGGAGCAGCAGCCCGACAGCGGGGACGAGGCGGUGCUGCUCCUCGAGCACCUGCAGAGGCAGCUGGAGGCGCCGGCGCCGCAGGUCCCAGGUGGCAACCAGAGCCGAGAGCUUGUCUGCUGCAAGAUGGCAGUGUUGACACCUUUCUGUGGAUCACGGAGUGCCCAGUUACAACCAGUGAGGGCUCUGCUCAAGCAUGAAUCGCUGGCAUCAAGGGCCUUACCAGACACAGUUCUCCAGGGUCCUGGGCUUGCCCCGGGAGGGCGCUGCAGAGGAGACGCAGUGGUGGCGGCCAGGCUGCCCCCAGAGCCCCAGGGCUUGCUGAAAACGGAAGAUGUGGCCCUGGCUUUCUCUGCUGGCUGGACGCAGCUGGAUGCAUCUCGGAGGAGCUUCCACAGAGAUGAAGGGCAGGAGAACCCCGGUGGCCUGACCUCCCUGGGUGGUGAGGUAGAAGCUGAGAUCCAGUCCCGGCCUGCAGAUGAGGACCAGCCAGUACAAGAGUCUGGGCAAAUACCAUGUCCCUGGCGUGAAGACAUGGCCCAGAUUCCCAGAGGCUCAGAAGCUGGUGAACAGGAGGGCAGGUUCCCAGGAAAGCAGGAAACUGCCCCAGGAAGUAGGCGGCACUACUGUCAUGAAUGUGGAAAGAGUUUUGCUCAGAGUUCAGGCCUGACUAAACACAGGAGAAUCCACACGGGGGAGAAACCCUAUGAAUGUGAAGACUGUGGCAAGACCUUCAUUGGGAGCUCUGCCCUCGUCAUCCAUCAGAGAGUCCACACUGGGGAGAAACCCUAUGAGUGUGAGGAAUGUGGCAAGGUGUUCAGUCACAGCUCAAACCUCAUCAAACACCAGAGGACCCACACUGGGGAGAAGCCCUACGAGUGUGAGGAGUGUGGGAAAACCUUCAGCCAGAGCUGUAGCCUCCUUGAACAUCACAAAAUCCACACGGGGGAGAAGCCGUACCAGUGCAACAUGUGUGGCAAGGCUUUUAGGCGGAAUUCACAUCUCCUGAGACACCAGAGGAUCCACGGUGAUAAAAAUGUGCAGGACCCUGAACGUGCAGAGACCUGGGAGGGUCAGGGGAGGGUGGAAGGCCAGUGGGAAAACAUUGAGGCUCCCGUGUCUUAUAAAUGUAAUGAGUGUGAGAGGAGUUUCACUCGGAAUAGAAGCCUUAUCGAACAUCAGAAAAUCCACACUGGUGAGAAACCCUAUCAGUGUGACACAUGUGGGAAAGGCUUCACCCGAACUUCCUACCUUGUUCAACACCGGAGGAGCCAUGUGGGAAAGAAAGUUCUAUCCCAGUGACACGUGUCAUACAUGCCCGAGUUGUUCAUUCCUCAUGAAACUGGGCUGGGGCUUUACUGACUACUACGCACCAUCUUGUGUUAGAAGACGGAGUCUGGAGGGAUGCAUUCUCUUCUACAUUCUAGAAGGUGGCUGGGAAACAGCUUGUUCAUAAGAGGCUCUGGGAGAGUUGUCUGGAAGAGGCAGGACCUGAAAAUGUUUGUUCUUAACUAACAGACUUCCAGACUGGCUAACCACCUCCGGCCAGCACUUGAUGGCAUCUCCUGGGCAGAUGGCUCUUAGGUGGGAGCUGCUGCUCUGACCAUUUUGCCUAUAAUGAAUCUUUCACCAGUUGGUCAGAUCUGUGACAUUUUAUACUCCCCACUGUACCUUGUGCAUUGGUGCUAUAAAUGUUUGUUUAGUACACCAGUGGGGUGACCUCCAUAGCACUGAAAAUCUGAUAUGGUCUAGAUUUCUGAGGACUUUCUAAGGCUAUUUGUGUUUGUUAAUUUUACUAAUUCUCUGAGGUUCAAGAUUCUGGGUCAAUCUGAUCUAUUUAUUACCAAGUACAUAGGGUUGUCAGAUUUGGGGUGGGGGAAUCCAUAUUUCUUCACCAGCACAGUAGUUGGAAGAAUGCCUUAAGCAGCUUCUAAUUGAGAUUUGUGAGACUGCUCCAUCAAUGUAACUCCAUUCUUCAGUCCAUAGUAAUUAUAUUUGUUCACAUUAAUUUUGCUCCUUUUAGGGGUGCCUGGGUGGCUCAGUUGGUUAAGCGUCUGAGUUCAGCUCAGGUCAUGAUCUCACAGUUCAUGGG